GGGACGCGCUCAAGGCGGCGGCGGCGCUAGGGGCGGGAGCGCGCGCGGGAGCGAGGGAGCAGUGGUCUCGGCGCCGGCCCGGCCCGCAGCUUCGGGUGCUCCCGCGGCUGCAGCGCCGGAACGGGUGGUUGGGGAGGGGGGGUGGGGGGGGCGCCAGGCAGGUGGGGCGCGAAAGCGAUGAGUCUUCGGCUCUUCCUCCUCCUCCUCCGGGACCCGCUCUCCGCCUCCCGCUCCAACGCCCGGAUGAUCUGAGCCGCGAGGGCGCCGAGAGCCGGGGGCCCGGACGCAGCCCGGCUCCUCCCCUCCUCCGCCCCCUCCCCCGGCCUGACCUGGCCGGCAGCCGCCGCGGUGACCCCCUUCCAGCCCCCUCCCCGGGCGCCGUCGCCGCCGCUGCCUUGGCCGACCAGGGACCUGCCCGCCCGCGGCUGCUCCGGACCUAGAAUAUCAAGACAUAAUGGGAGCAUUUUUAGACAAGCCAAAGAUGGAAAAACAUAACGCCCAGGGGCAGGGUAAUGGGUUGCGGUAUGGGCUAAGCAGCAUGCAAGGUUGGCGAGUUGAAAUGGAGGAUGCACAUACGGCUGUGAUCGGUUUGCCAAGUGGACUUGAAACAUGGUCAUUCUUUGCUGUGUAUGAUGGGCAUGCUGGUUCUCAGGUUGCCAAAUACUGCUGUGAGCAUUUGUUAGAUCACAUCACCAAUAACCAGGAUUUUAAAGGGUCUGCAGGAGCACCUUCUGUGGAAAAUGUAAAGAAUGGAAUCAGAACAGGUUUUCUGGAGAUUGAUGAACACAUGAGAGUUAUGUCAGAGAAGAAACAUGGUGCAGAUAGAAGUGGGUCAACAGCUGUGGGUGUCUUAAUUUCUCCUCAACAUACUUAUUUCAUUAACUGUGGAGACUCGAGAGGUUUACUUUGUAGAAACAGGAAAGUUCACUUCUUCACACAAGAUCACAAACCAAGUAAUCCGCUGGAAAAAGAACGAAUUCAGAAUGCAGGUGGUUCUGUCAUGAUUCAGCGUGUGAAUGGCUCUCUGGCUGUAUCGAGGGCCCUCGGGGACUUUGAUUACAAAUGUGUCCACGGAAAAGGUCCUACAGAGCAGCUUGUCUCACCAGAGCCUGAAGUCCAUGAUAUUGAAAGAUCUGAAGAAGAUGAUCAGUUCAUUAUCCUUGCAUGUGAUGGUAUUUGGGAUGUUAUGGGAAAUGAAGAGCUCUGUGAUUUUGUAAGAUCCAGACUUGAAGUCACUGAUGACCUUGAGAAAGUUUGCAAUGAAGUAGUCGACACCUGUUUGUAUAAGGGAAGUCGAGACAACAUGAGUGUGAUAUUGAUCUGUUUUCCAAAUGCACCCAAAGUAUCACCAGAAGCAGUGAAGAAGGAGGCAGAAUUGGACAAGUACCUGGAAAGCAGAGUAGAAGAAAUCAUAAAGAAGCAGGGGGAAGGCGUCCCUGACUUAGUCCAUGUGAUGCGCACAUUAGCAAGUGAGAACAUCCCCAGCCUCCCACCAGGGGGUGAAUUGGCAAGCAAGCGGAAUGUAAUUGAAGCCGUUUACAAUAGACUGAAUCCUUACAAAAAUGAUGACACUGACUCUACAUCAACUGAUGACAUGUGGUAAAACUGCUCAUUUAGCCAUGGAGUUUACCUUCACCUCCAAAGGAGAGUACAGCUCAACUUCCUUGAACCUUUAAAGCAUCCAUCCUCAACUUUAAAGAAGGACGUAUGACGUGGGUGAGAAUGGAUCACACCAGAGAACUCAGCAGUACAACAGCUAGCCCAGGACUGAUUUUUUUUUUUUUUUUUUUUUUUUUUUUUGUAAAUUUGAGACUUAUGUAAACGUGAUUUCAAACCAUAAUUCAUGUUGUAAAUCAGACUCCAGCAAUUUUUGUUGUAUGAUUUUGUUUUUUGUAAAGUAUAAUUGUCCUUGUACAAAAUGCUCAUAUUUAAUUAUGAACUGCUUUAAAUCACUAUCAACGUUGCAAAAAAUGUUUGGCUUGUUGUGUGAUGCAACAGAUACAUAGUCCUUUUAAGUCAUGUUGUGUUUGGACUUGGGGUCGGGACAGGGAGAGCAGCAGCCAUGUCAGCUAGAUGCUCAAAUGUGCACACGAUUAUGGAGAAGAAUUCCAAAAUCCUACAAAGCCGAACAUCCAGGGAGUUAACCGAAAACUGUCUUGGCAGUGGGGUUGGCACUGUUGAUAAGCUGGUCCCUUCAUUUAACUGUCUUUUAGGUUCUCACCUUGUUGCCAGGAGUAUUGCAGGUAAUACAGUAUAUUCAUAAGAGUAUCAAUCUUGGGGCUAAAAUGCCUUGAUUCUUUGCACCUCUUUUAAAAGUCCUUACAUUGAAUUACUAAUUGAUAAGCAGCAGCUUCCUACACCUAACUGGAGACUGCCACGUUUUUGCUCUCAUGAUUGGCUGGGCCUGCUGCUGUUCCUGGUAAGGGAUUCUGAAUUCCAUUUUAUCAAUAAAGCUUGAUUUAACAAACAAGAAAUGUAAUCAUGUAUGUGUAAUUCCUCCUCUACCCCGCCCUUUUAAAACACCAUGCCAUUGUAGAUGAGAAGUUUCUCAUGGGGAAAGAUGUUAGUCUCUUUUAAUCAGGAAAUACUGUUACUCAAGGCACGGAUGGAACUGUUUCCCUUCCGUUACAAAGACUACGAGAUUUAAGUCUGUGGUUGUUUCUUAAUGUGUUUUUUUAAUGGAUUUCUUUCUGGCUGCUUAUUUUUCAUUAAGAUGUAGAUCAGCUUGAAUUUGCCUACUGUUUAAUUAAAAUAAUUGUCAGAGCUUGACAAUCUAACACUCUGUAGUGGGGGUGUGUGUAGGGAUGUGUGUGUGUGUGUGUGUGUGUGUGUGUGUGUGUGUGUGUGUUUGCCUGUGAUUCUUAACUGGCCCAUGUCUUUAGAAUCCAAGUAGUUAAGAUGUAUUUGUGAUUUGAAAUAUAGCAUGUUGCUAAUAUUUAGCUGUUGGCCUUUAAAAAUAACUUUCAAAGCUUAAAGAAUUGUAGAUAUAAAAAUAACCUAAUUUAAUUUAGGCUUAAAUUCCUCUGAUUAAGCAUGUGAAAGUAAGUUUUUAAAUCUGUCACGCAGAAAAGACUACUGUUUUGUGCCCUUCUGUAUUUUUGUCUGUCUAGGUUGGAUAUUGUAUUUAUUACUGUGUAAUUUAAUCAUUCAGUAGGCAGAUUCCCCACUAGAAAACUAUUAACAUGUAAGAUUACAGUACAACAUUGAACACAAAAUCGAAACUGUGUAUAAAAAGUAGUAUAAUCAAUUUUGUUAUAUUUGUUUUUUUCCCUAACUUGGAAAUAUACAUAUUUGUAUAUAUAGCCUUAAAACUAAUGUAAAGUUAGGGGAGUAGUGGGCAAGGUAAUGUGAAGUGUCUCAGAUUUAAGUAGUUACAUACCAGCAAAACCUUUCCAUUAUCCCUCUUAUUUGUGAGGCGAUUCAAUGUAUUUAAUUGUAUUUAAUUUAUAACUCAAUCCAGCAUGAAUAAAGAAAAACACAUACUAUUUAUCUUUAGAAAUUCGUAACAGUUGGAAUUAUAGAACCAUUUCCAAACUUACAAAUAAAUGCUCAGUGUCUAAAUCUGUGGUAGAGUGCGAAGUAUGAGAUGUUCUGUUAUGGCUUGGGAGGCCACCUCCAUGUGGGGUCAGCGGAUCGCAGUGCUGCUGCUGGUGGAGAGUGAUUCCUAGACCUACUAGCGCUGACAACUAAAUUUCUAGUGUAAGAAGCCAGCUCCUUAGGACUUAAAGUAGACUGAGUUUUUUAGUUCUAGAAAUUUCAAAACCAUGAAUUAGGUUUUGAGAUGCAAAAUUAUAAGUCACGAGUAUAAAAAUAUGUGAUGGAAAGCUAUAUUUCAAAACAUAACAGCAUAUUUAGAGUUGUUUUUUUAUUUGGGAAUUUUUAAAUAGGAGGUUAAGAUAUUCCUUGUUAAAAUUAAUAGUACUGAACUGAAGCUUGGAAGUGAGAGAAAACUAUGAAGUGUUCUCUGAGAAGACUAAAUCUUUUCCACAUGAGUUAGCAUUGCCAUACUAUUUAUAAUUUUUCAUUGUAAAAAAGGAAGUGUACAUUAUAAUUGCAGACUGUGUGUGUUCUUGAUUCCUGGGGGUAAGGGUGGGGGGUGGGAACCAACCACACUUUCAAAAGGCACUUUUGCACCUCUGUUGUGCACUUCAUUUUUGUACCACUUAAGUUCUUGCCCUCCCAACCCCCUUUUGUAUGCUAAUUAGCAUCUCAGGGCAAUGCCUCAAAAAGUUUUUGAUCCGUUUUAUGUUAUUUCCUUUGGAGGGUGAAAGUUCUUGUAUGAUAAUAUACCGUUCAAAAUGUACUUUUGUUUAAGUGUUUUCAUAGGAUGAACUCAAUUUGCUGCUUUUAAUGGGAAAUUCAUUUUGUGUAGACUCUUGUUACCCUAACAUUAAAAAAUUUUACUAAUCUCUUAUUGUUUUAGCAAAGUAAACUCUCUUAAUUUCCACUUUCUUCAGGAAUAUACUUUUACAGAUAACAGAAGCAGUUCUCAAUAUUAGCAUUAACUUUCAAAAAAUCCAAGUGGUAUUUUUCUUAAUUUAGCUUUAGAAGUAUUUCAAACAUUUUUUAUUAAUAAUGCUUGCUUCUAGAGUACUAUGCAAUUAGUGUACUGCUCCAGCCACUUGUUUUUUUUUAACCACAUUAAGAAAUUUGGAUUAAAGACUAAAUCAAGUACGUAAUUCAAAUAAUCUGAAUUAUACCAACACUUUUAGUGACCAUCCAUUUGGCCACAUAUUGGUUCCGCUAAUCCAUCUUUUCCACAAGAUGUAUUGAGAGUUAUCUGUAAAACAUUGUUCUAGGCCAAGUAUCUUGGAACUAUAAAGACAUGAAGAGGUCCUUGCCCUCAAGGAGUUUACAUUUGAGUACGAUUUAUAAUCUAAUGUAUGUUAAUGUUGUAACUGAAUCACACAUCCAAAAAAAUAGCUACAGCCCUCCUACUACUCUCUGCCAGAUAAGUUUCCUGAAUAAGGCGGGCCUCUGCCCUAACCAGCUCAUUUGUACUUCCAUUAUUCACUUGAAAACUCUUCCGUUUAUUUUCCUCAAAGUUAGAAAUCUCAUUCAGAAGAAAAUUUUGGUUAGCAUAGUAAUAAAAUUGGAUGGAGGAGGCUCAAUUCUAUUCAUUAUGCUUAACUGCCUUCAACAAAUGGCCUUUACUCCUCCUGCUGACAGCAGUCAGAGAAAUAGGUCAUGGAGUUCUUAGAAUUCUCCAACCCGGGAAAUACUGGUGGAUUUUGAGUUUAAGGCAUUCAAAAGAAAAAAAGGAAAAAAAAUAUAUAUAUAGCUAAAUUUAUCUUAUUUAAGAAAAAAUUGUUUUUUUUAAAAACACUGCCAGUGUUAAUAACUAGUUUUAGUCAAAUGAUUACUGUGUGUUUUAGUUUUUAUAAAUAAUUUCACUGCCCAUCUUUAUUGGACAAAUUCAUACGGGAAUUCAGUGUGUGAUUUCUGAAAGAACUGACAAAAUUGGUUACAGGAUUUCUUUUUUUCAUUUUGAAUUUCAUGGUGUAUACUUUUAAUUCAUAAAGUUGAAUUAGAGGUGAAAGCCUAUGAUGUUUUGUUAUUUGUACAGUAUUAUGUUAGGCUUUCAUAGUAGAAAAUAUGUAAAUAUUUCAGAACAUAAAUGUUCCUCUUUUUAAGGCUUUUCUUUGAAGGAACCUUGAAGAGUUUCAUACUUUUGCUUGCAGAUAUUGCUGGUGAGAUGACCAUUUUGUAAUUGAGUGUAAUUGAGUCUUCUGAUUAGUUUUUCUUUUAGUCAUAGGAUGACUUUUUUAUAGUUUGAAACUUUAGAAGCCUAAUUUUACUUUAUUUCUUUUGAUAAUGUGCCAUGAGUUUUGGAUUGUAUUUUAAGUUAUACAUUACUUUAGAAUAUGCUUGAAAUAUUUAAGAAUACAUUUUCUAAAUGUUGGGACUAAAUUACUGUAUUAUUUUGUUGGUCAGAAUAAUAAGUCUCAAGUGUUAUUAUUGAUAAUCAGAAUGCCAUACAGAAGUGAAGAGAGCCAUUUAGUUCCACUUUGUUGUCAAAUGAACAUUUCUACUUCUGUUCAGCUUUACAUAUAUUCUUUCCCUUUUACCUGCUUUAUAUGUUAACUUAGGGGCCUCUGCUCUUAAAUUUUCCUGAUUAUAUUACCAGCACGUAGGAGUGCACCAACUAGAAAAGCUCAGAUAUAUUUAAACAGAAGUUGACAACCUGUUAGAUGGGGGAAAAUAUUGCUUGAAUUGAUACAACAAAAAGUGACUUUUUUCCCCCCUCACCUAGCAUGAAAUAUUUCUUGAUUUCCUCUGCUAUCCUCUUGGUGAUGGUUCUGUGUCUCUAUUUCUCUCACUCUCUUUAAGCAGGCCUAUUCCAUUUUCUUGGGUGCAUUACCUCACCAAGGCCAAUAGACACUAUCUAAAGUGAGCCAAAAAUGAGAAAACUUGGGAGAUGGAGGGGUGGGGAGAUGCCAGUGAGGAAGACACAGAAGAUCACUCUUAAUUAUUUUAAAAGCAGUUGGAAGGUCUUCUUGAGCCUAGCUGUAUAUCAUUAAGAACUGUUGCAUCACAUAAACCAGCAACAAUCAACCUUUACUUCCUCAGAUCAUUUGAUUUUUCCAGCAAGGGAGAUAAUGGUAAAAAUUACUGCUGCUUCAAUUUAACCGAGAAAAAUAAAUGUAAUGUUUAUUCACCACAAAACCCAAUCUUUUUGUUCUUUAAUUGCUCCAAAACUCUGUUUUCUGUUAGCUUUCUUACUGAAUUAAAUGUUUAGAAAAGUUGAAUGUUUUUCCUUUCUUUGCCUCCCCUCCCCACCCCGCUUUUCCUUCUGAUCCAGUAAAGGACAUAGAGUAACAUUUGUGUUUGUAUGGUACUAUCUGAAGUAAGAUUUGUUUAGGGGAUAGGGUAGCUGCAGAACAAAAUUACUAAUAAUUAGGUACAGUGGUGGGUACAAACUCAUUUUAGCAGUGGUUCUUAACUUUUUUUUUUUUUUGGUUCUUAACUUUUUAGGUUUCCAGGCUCUUUGAAAUUGAUGAAUCCUAGGAACUUCCUUACCCAGGAAAAUUCACAUAAUGUACAUUACUUCCCCAAAGUUGACAAUAUUGCAGUGGUUCAUCAGCCUUUUUCCUGCAAAGCCCAUAAAAAUUUCAAGGGAAUCAAAAUAAUUUGAAUCUAUUUUAAGAAAGUGUUUCACUUUUUAAAAGAUGGAAGAGGUAGAUGGGAGCCUAGUCUAGAGCUGACUAUGAAAAUACCCUUUUAAAAGAUAUUUUGGGAGAAAGUGAGUGAUUAAAGGUGAAUAAAAUAGAGUACUUAGACUGGUUUUAGAGGAUAACAUCACUCUACGCCACUUGAAUCUCAACAGAAAAGAGAUAAAAAAUGGAAAUUUGUAAUGUUUCUGACCUGUGUCAUGCAAAUACAGUAUAUUCACAACACGUUUAACUGUCAGAUCUCACUCAGGUUUUGAGCUCCCUUGUCUUAGAGUUCAUUAAAUGUUGAAUUCACUUCAGUCGUAAGAUAAGAUGUAACAUACAGCCAUUAAUGUACAGAAUUAAUGGGAUUUCACUAAAAUACAACCACCAUGAAAAAAAUCAUUAGGUUGUUGCAUUUGUUGCCAAAAUUGGAUGUUCCCGUUACAGCUUACUUAAUUUCCAUUUGUGGAAAUUUUGAAACACAAACCAUUGUCUUACUUGGUUAGCCAUUGAUUAAGGCAACAGCAUAUACCUGCAGGAAAGUAUCUUGUUUGUAGUAAUUCGGCCCAACGGUAGUUGGUUUCACUAUUGGUAGUUGGUUUAUUUCACUUAAUUUGUAUAAAUGUUAUGAGUGGAGAGACCAUGUACAUGUUAAAGCAUGUUGCAUUAUAUAUAUAUAUAUAUAUACAUAUAUAUAUUCAUUUUUUAAAUCUAUAAAUGUAAAACUAAUACAACUGCAGAAAUAUUUUUCCUAAACAGUGUAUAACAAAAUUCUCCACAGUUAACUCACGCACUGUUUGCGUUUCUGUGAUCCAAACUUCUAAAGAAAUUCCAUAAAUGUAUAUUUUGUAUUAUGUACCAUUUUCCUGGUCCAAAGAAAACAUGUGGAUUCAGUUCUAACUUUAAGAAUGUACUCUCUGUUUUUAAGUCUGUUGAAGAAAUUGCAUUCAGCCUGUGAAUGAUUGCAGAUUGUAUGUGAGAUGAAAAGUAGAAAUAAUUUCUAGUUUGCAAAACUGGUGCCACUAAAUAAACAGGCAAUUGCAUAA